CCCCCGCCUUCCUCUGUGCCGAAGGCGAUCGACUAUCUCCGUCGUUCUCCGACUUAUCCACCUCCCUCUCCGGGAGCCUGGAUUCUCGGCAGCAGGAGGGGAGAGGGAGGGAGGGAGGCGAAAGCGGGAGAGUCCGCCGCGGGGGCUGAAAGAUGGCGGUUGAGAUGGGGAGGAGGAGGAGGAGGCGGCAGCAGCAGCAACAGCAGCAGGAGGAGGCGCGGGGCUGGGCAAGAAGAGGGCAGCGAGGCUUGUCGCGCCGGCGAGGCUGAGGCGAGGGAGCGCUGCCGCCCACCCGCUCUCCCCCGGCGAUCUUCCCCGUCUUGUGCUGGGGCUCCCUUCGCGCUUUCUGGGGCUCCCUUUCGCCCGCCUGGUGGUGCCCCAGCCCUCCCCCCGAGAGAUGGACUCCGGCGCGGCGCUUUCCCUGUCGGCGCUGCUGUGGGAGGCUUCUCGCCCUCGGCCUCCGCUGCUGCGGUGAAGCGCUCCGGGGCGGGGGGGGCUUUCUCCCGCCGGUCCCCUGAGGGAGAGGGGCGAGUCGUGGCUUGUGCGCGAAGGCAGCCGAGGCUCCCAGAGCCCCGUUCCUUUGGGGGCCGGCUGGCUUGCGGGUGGAAGGGAGGAGGAGGAGGAGAAGGAGCCUCCCGCUGCCGCCAGCGAAGAUGUCGGAUACCAAGGUGAAAGUGGCCGUCCGAGUCCGGCCCUUGAACAGGAGAGAACUGGAUUUGAAUACCAAGUGCAUUGUGGAGAUGGAAGGGAAUCAGACUGUGUUGUAUCCUCCACCUUCAAACAACAAACAGGGAGAAAGCAGAAAACAACCAAAAGUGUUUGCCUUUGAUUACUGCUUUUGGUCUAUGGAUGAAUCAAACAUUGCGAAAUACGCAGGUCAGCAAGUAGUAUUUAAGUGCCUUGGUGAAGGAAUCCUUGAGAAGGCCUUUCAGGGAUAUAACGCUUGCAUUUUUGCCUAUGGACAAACAGGUUCAGGGAAAUCCUUCUCAAUGAUGGGGAAUGCAGAGCACCUGGGUCUGAUCCCACGCCUCUGCUGUGCUUUAUUUCAGAGAAUAACUUCAGAAGAAAAUGAUUUGCACACCUUUAAAGUUGAAGUGUCUUAUAUGGAAAUCUAUAAUGAGAAGGUCAGAGACUUACUAGACCCUAAAGGGAGUCGACAGUCCCUCAAAGUUCGUGAGCACAAAGUUCUGGGUCCAUAUGUAGACGGUUUGUCUCAACUAGCAGUUACUAGCUUUGAGGAUAUUGAAUCGUUGAUGUCAGAGGGAAACAAGUCCCGAACAGUUGCAGCAACCAACAUGAACGAGGAAAGCAGUCGUUCCCAUGCUGUAUUCAAUAUUGUAGUAACACAAACACUUUACGAUCUGCAGUCUGGUAACUCAGGAGAGAAAGUGAGCAAACUCAGCCUGGUAGAUUUGGCUGGCAGUGAAAGAGUAUCUAAGACAGGAGCAGCAGGAGAACGUCUGAAGGAAGGCAGCAAUAUAAACAAGUCACUAUCAACACUAGGUUUGGUUAUUUCGUCACUUGCAGACCAAGCAGCAGGAAAGGGGAAAAACAAAUUUGUGCCUUACAGAGACUCUGUACUCACCUGGCUUCUCAAGGACAACUUGGGAGGAAAUAGCCAAACAGCAAUGAUAGCUACAAUUAGUCCAGCAGCUGAUAAUUAUGAAGAAACACUCUCUACAUUGAGGUAUGCAGACAGAGCUAAACGGAUAGUUAAUCAUGCUGUGGUAAAUGAAGAUCCAAACGCCAGGGUCAUCAGAGAACUGCGUGAAGAAGUAGAGAAGUUGAAAGAACAGCUUUCCCAGGCAGAGGCCAUGAAAGCACCAGAGUUGAUGGAAAAGUUGGAAGAAUCUGAAAAGUUAAUAAAAGAAUUGACUGUCACCUGGGAGGAGAAGUUAAGGAAAACAGAAGAAAUUGCACAGGAGAGACAAAAGCAGCUAGAGAGUAUGGGCAUUUCCCUUGAAUCUUCUGGGAUAAAAGUUGGAGAAGACAAGUGCUAUCUGGUGAAUCUAAAUGCAGAUCCUGCACUCAAUGAAUUAUUAGUUUAUUACCUAAAGGAUCAUACACGGAUUGGUGCAGAUACCUCACAGGAUAUACAGCUAUGUGGGAUAGGGAUACAACCAGAGCAUUGUGAAAUUCACAUUGCAUCAGAUGGGGAGGUUUCUCUUUCACCAAAAGAGAAUGCAAGAUCUUGUGUAAACGGCAGUUUGGUGUGUUCUGAAACACAACUGUGGCAUGGUGAUAGAAUCUUAUGGGGAAACAACCAUUUUUUUAGAAUCAAUCUACCUAAGAGGAAGCGGCGAGAUUGGUUGAAAGACUCUGAAAAGGAGAUGCUGUUAGCAGAACAUGAUCUAGAUGCAGCUAGUGAAGCUUCUUCAGAACCAGACUAUAACUAUGAAUUUGCACAAAUGGAAGUUAUAAUGAAAACACUGAAUAGCAAUGAUCCAGUACAAAAUGUGGUACAGAUUUUGGAGAAACAGUAUUUGGAAGAGAAGCGCAGUGCUUUGGAGGAGCAGAGGAUGAUGUAUGAGCGUGAGCUGGAGCAACUCCGGCAGCAGCUCUCUCCAGUGCGAUAUCAGCACUGUAGUGACAGCGCUUCCCACACUGCUCAGCAGAAAGUGAAUAUCUGGUCAGAAGAGAGGGAUGAGUUAUUUCGUCAAAGCUUGGCAAAACUAAGAGAACAGAUAGUCAAAGCCAAUACAUUGGUGAGAGAAGCAAAUUUCUUGGCUGAAGAAAUGAGCAAACUAACAGAUUAUCAAGUCACGCUGCAGAUCCCUGCUGCUAAUCUGAGUGCCAAUAGGAAGAGAGGAGCAAUAGUAAGUGAACCUGCUAUUCAAGUAAGAAGAAAAGGGAAAGGUACUCAAGUGUGGACCAUUGAGAAGCUGGAGAAUAAAUUAAUUGACAUGAGAGAUGUAUAUCAAGAAUGGAAGGAGAGAGGCCAUGAGAUGAAGAGAAUCACUGGAAAAAGAGGUGACCCUUUUUUUGAAGCACAAGAAAAUCACAAUUUAAUUGGCGUAGCAAAUGUCUUUUUGGAGUGUCUUUUCUGUGAUGUUAAACUCCAGUAUGCAGUGCCAAUAAUUAGCCAACAAGGAGAGGUUGCAGGGCGUCUGCAUGUUGAAGUGAUGCGUGUUACUGGUGUUGUCUCUGAACGUGCAGUAGACGGAGAUGAUUCUUCUGAAAACUCCAGCGAAAGUGGAAGCCUAGAAAUCAUGGACAACAAUGGAGAAAUUAUUCACAGGCCAAAAAAACUCACUUGCAGGGUAAAAAUUAAAGAAGCAACAGGACUACCACUGAAUCUUUCAAACUUUGUCUUUUGCCAGUAUACAUUUUGGGAUCAAUUCGAGUCAACUGUUGCAGCACCGAUUGUAGAUCCAGAUGUAUCUUUACCUCUAAGCAAAGAUGCUCAGUUUACAGUGACUUUUUCUCAUUGUAGGGAUUAUGUGGUGAACGUAACAGAAGAAUUUCUGGAGUUCAUUGCAGAUGGAGCACUUGCUAUUGAGGUAUGGGGUCACAAAUGUGCAGGAAAUGGCAGUUCCACAUGGGAGGUGGAUUCUCUUCAUGCAAAAACCAGGACUUUGAGAGACAGGUGGAGUGAAGUAACACGCCGAAUAGAAAUAUGGGUUUCAAUUCAGGAAUUGAACGAAAUGGGGGAUUAUGCAGCUGUGGAGCUCCAUCAGGCAAAGGAUGUAAAUACAGGAGGGGUUUUCCAGCUUAGACAGGGUCAUUCCCGUAGAGUUCAGGUGGUGGUUAAACCAGUGCAGCAUUCAGGAACGCUGCCGCUUAUGGUGGAAGCCAUUCUGUCUGUCUCCAUUGGCUGUGUGACGGCUAGAUCAACUAAGUUGCAACGAGGCCUGGACAGUUACCAGAGAAGAGAUGAUGAUGAUGGUGGUGAUAUGGAUAGUUAUCAGGAGGAAGACUUAAACUGUGUGAGGGAGAGAUGGUCAGAAGCACUAAUAAAGCGCAGAGAAUACUUAGAGGAGCAGAUUAAAAAAAUCAGCAGUAAGCAAGAGAAAACAGAAGACGACACAGAAAGAGAAGCACGGCUUGUCGAACAAUGGGUAGGACUGACAGAGGAGAGAAAUGCUGUACUAGUCCCUGCACCAGAUAGUGGUAUUCCAGGCGCCCCUGCAAAUUGGAUCCCACCCCCUGGAAUGGAAACACACAUCCCUGUACUUUUCCUUGAUUUAAAUGCUGAUGACCUCAGUGCCAAUGAACAUCUUAUAGGUUCAAAUGCAUCAGGUGUUAAUUCAAUACUACCGAAGGAGCAUGGAAGUCAAUUCUUUUAUCUGCCAAUCAUAAAACACAGUAAGGAUGAGAUUUCUGCCACUGCUGCCUGGGACCCUUCUGUGCAUGAUUCAGUGCAUUUGAAUAGGGUAACUCCUCAAAAUGAGAGAAUCUAUUUGAUUGUAAAAAUCACAGUCCAGCUCAGCCAUCCAGCUGCCAUGGAACUUGUACUACGCAAGAGGAUUGCUGCUAAUAUUUACAAUAAACAGAGUUUUACCCAGAGUCUCAAAAGAAGAAUAUCCCUGAAGAAUAUAUGGUAUGCCUGUGGUGUGACCUAUGAAAUAGUGUCAAACAUACCGAAGGCCACAGAAGAAAUUGAGGAUCGGGAGACUCUGGCUCUGAUGGCAGCCAGAAAUGAAAAUGAGGGUACAUCUGAUGGUGAGACAUACAUUGAAAAGUACACACGAGGAGUGCUACAGCUGGAAAAUAUUUUGAGCCUUGAACGGCUACGACAAGCAGUCACAGUAAAAGAAGCUCUCUCUGCAAAGAAUCGACACAUACAGAGGAGUAUUAGCUCACCAAAUGUUCACAAUGUAUCCUCCAGCCGACAAGAUCUUUCUGGCUGUGAUGAAGAUAAGGGUUGGUCAGAAGGACAUCUAGAUAUAUUAGAUUGUUCUUCAAAUUACCAAGAUAUAUCAUGUUAUGGUACUUUACCCAGGGAUUCACCUCGAAGAAAUAAAGAUGCUGGUGGUUAUGUAUCGGAGAAUCCAUAUCCAUCAACUAUCAGCCCAUUUAAAGCAUUUUCUCCACAACCACCCAAGUUUUUUAAACCCUUAAUGCCAGUAAAAGAAGAGAACAAAAGGAUCUCUCUUGAAACUCGGCCUCUACUUAGCAAAGAGAGCAUGCCUUCAUCUCACUUACAUAGCACUGAUUGUGUUGUACCUUCAGGAAGUAAUGGCAAUAGCAUGCCAGUAGAACACAGUAGAAUGCAUGAGGAGAAGAUUCUGGACUCUGAAGAAGAUGAUGAGUUGCAGACCAAUAAUAAGAAGCCUUAUGUCCCUGAGGAGUUUGCGGACUUCAGCAUUUACAAUGCUAGCCUCGAGAACAGGGAAUGGUUAUCUUCUAAAGGAGAUUUUGUGAACUCUCGUAUUCUUGAAAAAGAAGUCUCUCGUAGUCCGACCAUGAGCAGUAUUACUAGCGGCUACUUUUCCCACAGUGCCUCUAAUGCUACUUUGUCUGAUAUGCUCGUUCCCUGUAGUGACAGCACAGAUCAGUUGGCCAAUCAGAUGAGGGAUUUGGACAUCAGCGAUCAAUCUGUAGCUCACUUAACCUAUGAUUUUAAAACUUCAGACAAGGAGUCUUCACAACCAGAAAGGGACUUGGUGAAUAAGAAGAGGUCCAUGCCAUCAGUUAAAGGAAACAGUGCCUUAACUACAGAGAUUCCAGUGUCUGACAACACUGAUACAGAUGCUGCAAAGUUAAACUGUUCACCUUUGAAGUCAUCAGCAGAUAAAAAUACACAACAUGAGAUUGAAUUCCCAUCUCGCGAAGCAACGGUUGAACAUACAUUAACUAUUUUUGAAGAUCAUGCAUUUACAGAAUUCAUGGGUGUAGGUGAUGGAAAAAAAUUAGAACAUGAAGUAGGUUCAGCAUUCUCUUCCAGUGGCAGUUCUAGCAGAAGAAAAAGGCUAUCAGCACUUGGAAUGAAUUAUGCUUCUGGUUUCUCAAAAAAUACUCACAGACAGGAUCAUCUUGCGAGCCAUGUGGAAUCCUUACCUAUGGAAUGUCAGCUAUCGAACAGUAUUGAAAACCCAUCAUUGGUUGCCGAAGAGUCUUCAUAUUGCCAGAUGUAUCCAGAUUCUUUCCUAGGAGAAGACUUCACAGGGAAAAGUCAUUUAGAUUGCUCUGGAUGUGAAGAUGCUACUUCUAAAGAGCACACUGAUUGGGUGGCAGUAGGGGAACGAGUGUGCAUUGGUAGCAAUAAGACUGGCAUAGCAAGAUAUAUUGGGCCUGUGGAUUUUUCCACUGGUACCUGGGUUGGCGUUGAAUUAGAUUUGGAGAUGGGGAAACAUGACGGAACUGUAAAAGGUAGAGAGUAUUUCCGCUGUAGACCACAACAUGGGAUAUUUGUUCGUCUUGAAUGCCUCACGAGAGCAUCAGCUCCAACAAAGAUAUGCAGUAGCACUUCACAAUCUCAGGUAUCGUCCCACCUGGAGAAGGGGAAGAAUUCAGUGCUUCAAGGGUCACCCUCUUCCAAAAAUGGGGCAGGAGCCCUCUUUCAACCAGGAAAUGCUGCAGCGUCCACUUUCUCUAGAAAACAAGAGAUCAGGAAGUCUUGGAUUAACUGAUGCUGCCACUUUGUUCUUGUUUUUGCACUUGCUGCACACGUUACUGUGUGGAAACACUUUUUUCAAAGUAAUUGUACAGUUUUAAUCUAUUAGUAUUGAACAUUUGAAUCAUGGACAUGAUGCUUUGGUUUCUAUUUUAAUAAAUCUUAUAUAAACAAACAUAGUGAGAGCGACUGUGUAUCGCUUGCCUCGCUACAGGCAAACAUGGCUGCACACAAAAAGACAGUCUGCAAUUCUAUACCCACUUAGGGGUAAAACCCCAGUAAACUCAGUGAAGUUUGCUUCUGAGUAAAUACAUAUAAGAUUGUGCUGUUUGUAAAUACACUGUGAGGUACAUGACUUCGUUGGCAACUGAGAUCAUACUUUAAACAAAAUAUUUUAUUUUAUGGGAAGGCAACAGAAUGUAAAUAUAUAGGGGAAACUGACCAUAUGCUGUUAAUUACCAAAGAGCUUGUAUUGGAUUGACACACCUGCUGUUUAUAUUUUGAUUUUUGUUGUACAUGUUUGUCUUAGCUGAUAGCUUGGUGCCAUAUUUCUAAAUAUUAACACCUGGCAUCAUGCUGCCUUAUAUCCUGUGUUUUGUAAGCACACUGAAGAGACUGGUUUCUUUUUCAUGUUAUUGUUCUUCCUAUGGGCCUACCACUGUGCUGACUGGACAUAUACUGAAAAUAUUAACAAUGCCUAAGGGUUGCAUGUUUGGCAUUUUUCAUGUGCCAAUAUAGACCUACCAGGCAGUUUGGGUGCAGAAACAGUAUUACUGCAGAGGAGAAGGUGGACAACAUUUUUGAUAAAUGGCUUCUCUUUUGAAAACAGGGACAAGAAACAAAGCAGCAGCAGUAGAUCAUAACUACAAACUGUUUAUUGCUGGCUGUGACCAAGCUCAAAUAAAAUGGUUUGAAGUGAUUUCAUCUGUACAGCUCAUUUUGAAUUAUGGAUUAUGGAUCUGUAUAGUGUUUUUCAAUUCUGGAGGAGCUAUUCCAUGUAUAGAUACUGUACUGGAUAUCUGUAAAGUAGAAGAUGGUAAAACAGAAAGAUAGGAAUCACCUGCUGUUAUUUGUUAUAUAUUAGAAAUUAACUGAGAUAAUGGGAUGUUACAACCUGCUGCUCAUCUUUGAUUUAUAUGUAUAGUAAGCUAACGCCUGGUAUUUUGCAAUUACUGUAAAGAAGUGUAAUUUAUAUUUUAUUUCUCCUGUACCAUAUUUAAUUGGUACAGAAGAUUUUGUGUUAGAAUACAGAUGGUUUACUUCAGAUUUUAUAAAUGUUUGUGCCUGUUUGACUUCAUCUUCUGUAACAUAAGACUUUUUAUUAAAUAUAAUGCUUAAUUAUUUACCAUUUCAUAGUUUUGUAGGUCCUCCUGAUAUAAAUAUUGCAUAUGUGUAUCAGGAGCUGAUCAGAGAAGAUACAGUAUUGAAAGUUAUGUAUACUUUCAGAUUUCAUCAAAAGUCAUUGCUUAGCAGUUACUAAUUCCUCCCCACCAUAGGUGGUGGAAUACGUACCAUAUUUGAAAAAUGACUUUCAGUUUAUAAAUUGUUUCACCAGAA